CUCUUAUCCAGCAACGGCAAAAAAUGACGUAACUUACACAGUUGGAACUUCUGACAAAUAUAUUUGGAAGGUUAUAGUUCUACCCCGGGAAACUGUGUACAAUUAUUUUCAUUGGGCUGACAGUAAGGUCCUGCCUCACAAUGAUAUCGGAGUACGCUCUCAUCCUUGUGGCUCUGGUUAGCAUCCUGUUUCUCGCGCUGAAGCUCGACUUGCUGAGCCGCAAAAAGAAGACGACCGUCCCUGGCCCCUCCCUCUUCGAGGGCCUCAAGGAUUUGUCACAGAGCCUCGGUGCCAACAAUCUCCAUAUCGUGGCCGCCAAGUGGGCAGACAAAUAUGGCGACCUCGUGUCGGUGAACGCCGUCAUCCGCAAGGUUGUCUUCAUUAACUGUCCUGCGCUCGCUCGUAAACUUGUCUCAGACCCGAGUACCAGAGACCUUAGCAACGACAGACCACCCACUUACAUAGGGAAAGAAGUUUUUAAAGGGUACCAAGACAUUGUGACUGCGCCUUACGGUAAGGACCACUCUAAGAGAAGACGACUCUUUCACAACGCUCUGAAGUUCUACGGUGAAGGGGUCGUGAGCUUUGAAGAGCUGAUGAGAAACACAAGCAGACAGUUAUCGGAGCGUCUAGCGAAGUACCCCGGGAACGCUCCCUUACUGAAAGAACUCAGUGACUACAUCUGCUGGGUGGUUGGGCUGCUGCUCAAGGGAGAAGACACGUCUCAAGACGACCUUGAUUCUCUGAGGAAGUUUAUCGACACAUCAAACGAAGUUUUCAUAUUUGAGAGAGAAAUCUUCCUAGAAACGUUUCCCUACAUAGAGCACGUCCCUGGUUUGAAGCUGAAAGAGUUGGUGAAAGGGUUAAAGGAAUCCAAUAAGGAGAUUAAAGAUAAGUUCUUGACAUCUGUUCGAGAAACCUACAAGAAGGGUGGGAGAACUGGUAUCAUUACUGAUUUGUUAGAGCAACAGGAGCAGUUGGAAAAGAAAGGAAACGUCUCCGAUAUGUCCGAUGAAAUUGUGCUGUGUCUUAUCUUGGACAUCGUUGCCGCAGCCAACGUCACAACAGCUGGAACCCUAACGGCUUUGUUUUUGUUGCUAAUCGUAAACCCUAAGAUACAGGAGCGUAUCUAUGCAGAGAUCUGUGAAGUUAUCGGUAAUGACCCUCCAAGUUUUGACCACAAACGUCAGAUGCCUUAUACAGAAGCGGUGAUCCUGGAAACAUUAAGGUAUUCUUCAGUAGCGCCUUUCCUUCUACCCCACUAUGCCACUGAUGAUAUCAACUUCGAAGGUCAUUUCAUUCCUAAAGGAACCUUCCUUCUCCUGAACUCUUGGUAUUUCCACCGCAGAGAAGAUUUGUGGGAUAAGCCCUGGACCUUCAACCCAGACAGAUUCCUAGACGCUAACGGCCAACUGCUGCCAACAGAGCACCCAACACGUCAGAACCUUGUGGCGUUUGGAACCGGCAGACGUGCUUGCCCCGGGGAAAGUUUCGCGAGGGUGCGCAUGUUCUUCAUCGUGGUCACUUUGGUCCAACAGUUUCGCUUUCUUCCUCCUGUUGGCGAGGAGCUCCCGUCAGCGAAUCCGGAGACUUGGGAGACGAAAUCUGUGAUGUUGCCACAUGACUACUCUUGCCGCGUGGAGCGUCGAUCGGCAGCAGAGAAUGAAAUGUAGAACUCAAUGCUUCGUAGUAGUGGGUGAAGGGGAUGUUGGGAUUUAAUGUGGUUGGUUGCGGGGGGGGGGGGGCAGGUGAUGGGGGAGAGAAAGGAGAUUUAAUGUUCUGCUCUAUGCUGAGUGCUGAAGGGUGGAGGGGUUGGGAGAUGUUCGUAUUGUGAGGAAGCGAGGCGAGGGGGGGGGGUAGUAUGUAAAAUAUAGAACUCCAUGCUAAGUAGUUGCAGUCGGUGGGGGCAUUUUGGGAUUAUGUGUUUGUGUGCGUGGGGGCGGGGGCAAGCAGGUGAAAAUGAAAACUUUAGGCUUAGGAAGGAGUGUGGUGGUGAGAUUUGGAUUGUUGUGGUGGAUUUGGAAGGGGGGGGGGGUGAUCAGGUGAAAUGGUGGUGCUCCUCAUCAAGAUAUAACGAUUCCCCUUUUCACAAAACAACAUAGAUAAGUCUUGCACUUACUCUCAGAAAAUGAAAGAUGUUCGUCUUAUUUGAAGUCUCACAUCAGUUUUCUCACUUGACUCGACAGGAGGAAGGAAGAAGAACAAGUUUUAUUUCAAAUUGCACACUUUUCCAGAGAGGAAAGAAAAAAGGAAUUUGCUCAAGUCUUAGGCAACUGUGGGGCAAGACACAAAACAAUGGCUUCCCAUCUAUAGCUCAUGCUACUUUAGUUUCGAAUCCGCAUGAGGAUGAGGUUAGGUGGAAGACCACAAGACAUCGUAACUUGAUCCGUGAGGCAGCAUAUCAUGGGGAUACAGGAUAUAUAUGUUUUUUAAUAUUUUUUUCUAGCAGGAGGGGGUUGACGUUAGAAAUUCUUGUUGUUUUGUUUCAGGGGAGAGGAUUGGUGUGUAUAUAGUAUAUACAAAUGAAAUAAGUUUUUAAUCUUUGGCUUUCAAUUUCCGAAAGUGCUCUUGGCCAGAAUGAAAGGUUCCAUUCGUGGUGGAGUGUCCUCAGAAAGGGUAGAAUAGGGAUCUGACUGAUGUAAUAUUUGAGCGCUGAACUCUAACUGUCUUGCCGUCCCUUGUCAUCUAGUGGGGCUUAAUAAAUUUAUUAACAUUUUAGAGGAUAAGGAAUUUUAAUGUUGGGGAUUUUUUCUUGUAAUCGCCAAACACAAUUUCUUUUUUGUUGCAUAAUGCACAUGUACAAGGUAUUAGUAUUACUUUUAAGAAAACCUUAUUGUUAUUGUUAUUGUUGUUGUUGAAAAUGCUGUCUUUUUUUAAGAAGAGGGUCUUUGUAAUAAUUAUGUGGUCUACAGUACUAGGAAUAUCUCAGGAUACGUGAUAUGAUAUCACAUAUAUGUUUACAGCAGUUAAUAGUAGGGCAAUAAACACAAACAAUUAUAAUAUACUCACUUGGUCGCCACCCUCCCCCCCCAUGUACUAUUUUGGCAUAACUUUAUUAAAUGGUACUGACUCUGGAGACGAUUUUUCCCAGUAAUAUUUUGCUCACUCUAUGCAAGGGAAAAGUUGUGCCCUACCCUCAGAACAGUCUAUGGGGAACUAGUUAUGCACCAA